UGGAUGACGUCUCUGUGCCUCUGAGCUAAAGGCAAAGUGAAAAUGAUUUUAGAUCGUGAUGAAUGCAUGCAGAAUGUUGUCUGGAUUUCUCUACAUCUGGUUGAAUCCAUUUUUGUUGGAAUGCGUCCACUCUGAGCGAUGAGCAUGUUGAACCACCUCAGAGCCCGAAGCAGGAGUCUGUUCUCCAGCUACAAGCCCGGCGACCACAUUCAUCAAGUCCAAGAACCGAUCGAUCACCUGGACCUGAUCAACACCUUCGUCAAGCCAUGGAACUCCAUGCAGGACCUGAGCAGAGACAUCUACGACCUUUAUGCCGAGUACGAGCGCGAGGAGGUGGAGGAUCGGCUGCCAGUGUUGCCCUCUCAUGUGCUGGUGUCUCCAACCAAACACUUGACUCUCAACAUAAACGUUGGAGGAACGGUUUACCUCCUGCCCUACAGACUAGCCGCCCGUUAUCCGAAGACCCGAAUCGGCCGUUUGGCUACCUACACGGAUCACAGCAAGAAGCUGGACCUUUGCGACGAUUAUGUCGUCCAAAGCAACGAGUACUUCUUCGACCGAGACCCAAAAGUCUUCCACAACAUCUUCAACUUCUACAGAACCGGAGUGCUGUGCAUUAAAGAGGAUUUGUGUCCUCACAACUUCCUGGAGGAGAUCCACUACUGGGGCGUGAGGAUCAAAUACACCCAUCGCUGCUGCCGCAUCUCGUUCGAGGAGCGUCAGGACGACCUGAACGAGCAGCUGAAGGUCCAGAAGGAGCUGAUGGCUGAGCUGGAGAUGGAGGAGGACGAAUCCGUGUUUGAUCACAUGACCUUUGGGACGACCCGCAGAAAGAUCUGGAAUCUGAUGGAGAAGCCGUUUUCCUCAAUCACCGCCAAGCUGACGGGUGUGGCCUCCUCCUUCUUCGUGCUGGUCUCACUGGUUGCCAUGACGCUCAACACCGUGGAGGAGAUGCAGUACAAGACGGCGUCGGGCCAGCCCAGUGGAAGAUUCUACGGCGAGGGCGUCGAGACGUCCUGCAUCGCCUUCUUCACCCUGGAGUAUCUGCUGCGCCUGUUCUCCACGCCUGACCUUCAGUAUUUUGUGCGAAGCGUGCUGAACACUGUGGACUUGAUCGCCAUCCUGCCACAUUACCUGCAGAUGUUGCUGGAGUGCUUUGAGGACGAGGACGUCCACGGUCACUCUGGGGACAUCGAGACUGUAGCGCGUGUCGGGAAGGUGGGUCAGGUUCUGAGGAUCAUGCGUCUGAUGAGAAUCUUCAGGAUCCUGAAGCUGGCUCGUCACUCCACAGGAUUAAGAGCCUUUGGCUUUACUCUGAGACAGUGCUACCAGCAGGUGGGCUGUUUGCUGCUCUUCAUCGGCAUGGGGAUCUUCAUGUUCUCAGCCAUGGUGUAUAGCGUGGAGCAUGACGUCUACAACACCAACUUCACCUCCAUGCCUCACGCGUGGUGGUGGGCCGCUGUGAGCAUCUCCACGGUGGGUUACGGCGACAUGAUCCCAGAGACCAACCUCGGGCGCGUCUUUGCCUUCGCCUGCAUCUCUUUCGGCAUCAUUCUCAACGGCAUGCCCAUCUCCAUCCUCUACAACAAGUUCUCCGACUACUACGCCAAGCUCAAGUCCCACGAGUUCGCCAUGGUCACCAAGGCGCGGGGGAAGGUCCGCUUCAUCAAGAGGGCCGCCAGGAGGUUCGCAGAGUGCUGCGACGACGUGGUUCAGCCGAAGCCCCCUGGAGGUGGAAGGUUGGUGGACGCCAACGACGGGGUGUUGAAGCAUGGGCUGCCUGGGUAUUAAACCCGCCGUCCUUGCAGGGUCACGGGGGCUGGUGCCUAUGUCCAGUGGUCAUUGGUGGAGACGGGGGGCACACACUAGAGAGGUUGCCAGUCUAUCACAGGGACAAACAGGACGGACAACAAUGCACACACGCACUUUCAUACCUACGGACAGCUCAGACAGACCAGUUAACCGAACAGUCAUGUUUUUGGGCUGUUAGAGGAACCUGGAGUACCUGGAGAGAGCCCAUCUGCACCACUGGAACCUCAAAGACUGACCAUCAUAUCUUAUCUGGGCUGGACUGCAACAUGGGGAACUGCCAGAGCUUUUAAAAAAGUCUUGAUGCAACAAUGACACAACACUACGGUUCUGUUUGUUAACACAGACAAAACCAAAGCUGGACACUUUCUGGAAAAACUUGCUUUAUUUUUGGAUUUAAGGCAUAAAGAGACUAUUUUACACACAGAAAUCUCAACAUAUUAAACGGAAAUGAAUCCAGCAUAGUUUAUUUCUUAUAGCAUUUUACUCUUUAUCUGCCCAUUAAACCGUAAAAUAAGCGA